UGCUAAUAGAAUGAACUAACCAAAUCAUGUUAUUUCAGAGAAUCUCGUGAUUUCAUAACCACUUUAUGACAAUGACUAAGCAGCAUAAUCCAUUUAUGAUAAGUACCUGAAAGACUGUUCUUUGAUACCAAUCAGAUUAAUUGAGGAAUCGAAGGAAACUUAAGAAAGACCCUUUGCAGGAACAAGGCAAAGUAGUUAACAAUAAUAGAAUUAAAGGAAUGGACAAAAUGUUUAGGAAUUUAGUUCUUUGGAAAGGGAAUAAAGAAACAGAAACUAAUAACAAAUGCAUUAAGCAAAUUAUUAGUAAGGUCAAUAAUAUUAAUAAUAUCCAAAUAAUCAAAUAAGAUAUCCUCAUUAGAAUAUGUAUUAUCAUCAAAGAUAACAGAAUUAGUUGUAAAAUUAUUAUUAUGACUAAUAAUUCCAUUAUCACUAAAAUAGAAGAAAUUACUAAAAUCAUAGAAUGGAACAAGAAUAUUAUGGUCAUCAUCAAAUGAGGAGGUAAGAGUAAGGCCGAAGGAGAAUGCAUCCUUAGCCAAAUUAUGGGUUGGAUUAGAAUGAAAUUGCAGCUUUGAGUGAGAUCGUAUAUAAAUAGAGCAGAGCAUAAUGUUGGGAUGAUGAGAACAAGAAAUGCAGCAUUUGUAUAUCACAUUUUGAGGAAAACGAAAAAAUUAGAUUUUUGCCUUGUUUGCAUAGGUAUUAUUGUUAACUUAUUUUUGAUUUCAUUCAGGGUGUGUUGA